AAAACCUGCUCCUCCUGGGUGUCUGUCCGUCGGAAAGUGAAGUGUGUUUGGCGUGCUAGUGGUCUCGGAGUUUCUCUUCCUCUGUUUGUCUGUCCUUCGCUACGUGUUUGUGUUCGUUUUCUUAACUUCAGUCGCAAAGGUUACAAGUUAUUAAUUGAGACAAAAUAGUCCCUUAGCCGAUUUAUGGGACGUUUUAGAAAAGUUCCUGAAGUGCUCUUUGAGGAACCGGUGGACGGCGGACCGUUGCGGAGAUGGAUAAGCUAACCGAUAGCUGAGUUGUGUUAGCCGAGAACCACAGGUCAAGAAUAGGUUCAAGCUAGCAUGCUAACACCGAGCUAACUUAGCAUUUUAUCGACUAACCGAGGGACUUUGUUGACCUGUACCGUCAUAUCUACGAACGGGUUUUAUCUCGGGCCUGGCUUCUACACAGUUUGUCCCAGGCCAGCUAACCCAGGAAGAAGACUCGGUGUGUUUCUAAAAGGGAAAAGGAGGCAGUGAAGUUUUGUUUGAGAGGCGGCUGCUCGUCUCUCAGCCCCCAGACCGAGAGCAUGCUGUCCAACGCACAGAACCAGCCAGUGUUUCCAAACCCGGCCGGGCAGCAGCAGAACCCUCCGGGCCAGUUCCUCCCCUUUCACGCCAGACCCAGCUUACAGAUCAAGAAGAACGCCAUAACAGAUGAAUACAAGGUGACCAGCCAGGUGCUGGGGCUGGGUAUCAAUGGCAAGGUGCUUGAAAUCUUCCAGAAGAAGACAGGAGACAAAUAUGCGCUGAAGAUGCUGCAGGACUGUGCAAAGGCCCGAAGGGAAGUGGAGCUCCACUGGAGGGCAUCCCCCUGUGCCAACAUUGUGCGCAUCAUUGAUGUCUAUGAAAACCUCUAUCAGAACAAGAAGUGUCUGCUUAUAGUCAUGGAGUGCAUGGAUGGUGGCGAGCUUUUUAGUCGAAUCCAGGACAGAGGAGACCAGGCCUUCACAGAGAGAGAGGCAUCUGACAUCAUGAAGAGUAUUGGAGAGGCCAUCCAGUUCCUUCAUGCAGUCAACAUUGCACACAGAGACGUCAAGCCAGAGAAUUUACUGUAUUCAACGAAAAGACCUAGUGCACUGCUCAAGCUCACAGACUUUGGCUUUGCCAAGGAGACAACUUCACACAAUUCUUUAGCUACCCCCUGCUACACACCUUACUAUGUUGCUCCAGAGGUUCUGGGCCCAGAGAAAUAUGACAAGUCAUGUGACAUGUGGUCAUUAGGCGUCAUCAUGUAUAUUCUGUUGUGUGGGUACCCUCCUUUCUAUUCUAACCAUGGUCUGGCCAUCUCUCCUGGGAUGAAGAGGAGGAUCAGGAUGGGCCAAUAUGAGUUUCCAAACCCUGAAUGGUCUGAUGUAUCAGAUGAAGCUAAACAACUGAUCAGGACCCUCCUUAAAACUGAGCCGACACAAAGGAUGACCAUCACAGAGUUCAUGAAUAAUCCAUGGAUUAAUCAAUCGAUGGAGGUUCCCCAGACCCCUCUUCACACCAGCCGAGUGCUAAAGGAAGAGAAGGAUGCGUGGGAGGAUGUCAAGGAGGAAAUGACCAGUGCUUUGGCAACAAUGAGGGUUGACUAUGAGCAAAUCAAGAUCAAGACCAUUGAGGACUCAACCAAUCCCCUGCUAACGAAACGGAGGAAGAAAGCCACUAACAGCAUUGGGGACCCACAGUCUGCUGCCCACUGAAAGCUGCACGAAUGCAUGCACACACAAACACAGGUUGUAAAAAGGAAGCAAUAAUUUGUCGACACGUGAGUCGUAUUGCAUGGAUUUUAUCAGUGUUUUAUUUUUCAUGGCAAAUUCUAAUUUUUAAGUUUUGUAGGAGUGUUUUUGUUUUUAUUACUCUACCAUUUUAACAAGUCCAACCCUCUGCUCCAGCAGAGAGGAUGUUUAUGUUUUUACACCAUUGAAGAGAUUAUGAAUCCUCGAGGAGGAGAGGAGAUGGAAUCACUAAGAUUUCUCUCCUGAAAUAUCAGGUUGAUAUACUGAGAGGGGCUCAAAUGUUUGAAUAGGACAUGAGGCCUUAGCAUUAGCAGUAGUUCUUUCCCCCCACAACCCUGUUCUAGCACUGUCCCCUCACCUGUGAAUGUUUUUUUUUUUUUUUUUAACGGCUAAAUUCCAAAAAUUAAAGCAAGGGAAGUUUUGUUUUGUACAUAAAUGCAGAGUAAGCAAAAGUAUUUUGAACUGACUAGUGGAAUGUAAGAACUCUGUCCCUGACUGUUGGAAUUAGCCGCAUAGUCACUCAUACGUGGGACGAGUCUGUCGGUUCAGUUCGCUUAGUGAAUGUUGAACAGAGGCCUAUGCACUCACUCAAGGGCCACGUGCCAUUCUGACAGAGCACCUCACCUCUUGGCUCCUCUCUCCUCAUAUUAAUAUCUACGCUUAUAUUUUUUUUUUCAGAGACGUAGUUUUAGGUCCGAGAAGGAUGCAAGGUUUAAGAACAGAAAGUGGCUCGACCUUUCUUCUGCAUGUAGCUCAAAGGAGAGACGGAGCCAACUGAUACUGUAUUUUUUCAUGGAUUUUAUGAACGUUUAAGCAUAGGCCUUAAUGGUGUUGUCAAAUUAGCAAAAUGACGUUUAACCCUUACCUACAAUUUGGAUUUCACCAAUGUUAUGCUUCAGAAUUUUAUAACACCGCCAUAUUAUAUUUCAAGUUAAUGCUAUGCAGGUGUAUUUGUCGGCGAGCGAUGUGAAAGUACUGCUAGGACCUUUAUCGUGUGGAUUUCUGUUUUCAGACGUGUUAGAGAGAUGUCGGACACAAUAGGGGCGUUUUUGUGUGUUUAUGCAAGCAGUAGCACUCGAUACAUGUUUCAGUUCCUCUGCAGGGAUCACUUAGUGUGACUGUCAGGGGGGGACUAAUCUGGUCUAUUGACCUCCAGCACAUCUCGUCCACACUUUCCCUGAGGCAUGAUAGGAAGUACACGUGACUCCAGAGCUGCUCCUCGUCCUGGAAAAGAAAUAGAAAAAAACACCAGCAAAGCUGUCAUCUCACCCAAAGGGGGCUGUGAUGGUUGGUUUCUCUUUAAUGUUCUGUUGACCUUUUGGGACACUGUCCAUCUCACUUGGGAUCAUUGGACGUGAUUGUGUUUGUUUCUGUCCACUUCACUUUGUAGAAUCACAUCCACAUCACCUGUCACCUUGCUUCCACAAAAAUCUCUCACUGUAAAAAUGUUCAUUGAAUGUCUUUGAUGUCUUUUUGUUUUCAUCCCCCCUCAACACUUACUUUGUAGUGGAAGCACACACACGAGUCCAUCUUUUCUUCCCCGUCAUCAAGUCUGUUUAGCGCCACCUGCCGUACUUUUGUCUGCUUCAGCUUUGGAUUAAAAAUACAUAAAAACAAGAAA